AUGUGUUUCCUCUACGAAUUAGCUGACUAUCCUUUAGAAGAUACAACGUCGACUGAAGAAUCAACUUCUUCUUCAAAAGAAACAAAAUCAGCAACAUCUUCGACAUCCGAAAGUACAAUAUCUACUUCAGAAUAUACAACGCCGACUGAAGAAUCAACAUCUUCCUCGGAAGAAUCAAAGUCAACAACAUCUUCGACAUUAGAAAGUUCAAUACCAACUUCAGAAUAUACAACGCCAACUGAAGAAUCAACAUCUUUCUCAGUAGAAACAACAAACAUAUCUUCGUCAUCCGAAAGCAUAACAUCUACUAUUUCAGAAGAUACAACGUCGACUGAAGACUCAACUUCUUCUUCAAAAGAAACAAAAUCAGCAACAUCUUCGACAUCCGAAAGUACAAUAUCUAUUUCAGAAUAUACAACGCCGACUGAAGAAUCAACAUCUUCCUCGGAAGAAUCAAAGUCAACAACAUCUUCGACAUUAGAAAGUUCAAUACCAACUUUAGAAUAUACAACGCCGACUGAAGAAUCAACAUCUUCCUCAGUAGAAACAACAAAAAUAUCUUCGUCAUCCGAAAGCUCAACACCUACUACUUCAGAAGAUACAACGGGAAACCAAGUCAACAACAUCUUCGACAUCAGAAAAUACUACACAUACCUCAAUGUCGAGUACAUUUUCGACACCUGCAAGUAUUAUGUCUUCAACGGAAGAAGAUCCUACUACAAAAUUAACUACUACUACAGAGAAACCAACGACAAAUUUCACCGAAAAACAAACUACAACAACACCUAUUACAACUACCACCAAAAAACCAGAAAAUAA